AUGAGCAUGUACAUCUUCUCUUUAGCUCUCGCUGAUCUCCUGGUCAUCCUGAUCUGUGUGCCCUUCGUGUCCAUCAUCUACACACUGGAAUCAUGGCCGUGGGGCGAGCUGAUCUGCAAAAUAUCUGAAGCAGCCAAGGAUGUGAGCAUCGGCGUGUCUGUGUUCACAUUGACAGCGUUGUCGGCGGAGAGAUACUGCGCAAUUGUCAACCCUUUUAGGAAGUUACAGCUACGCAAGUUGCCUCUAGUCUGCGCAACCUUUAUAUGGGGAGCGGCGCUCAUCUUCGCAGCACCGGCGGCCAUAUUCUCUAAAACGGUCACCGCCAUCAUAGACGAUACCAACAUCACGAUUGUCUACUGCACACCGUACCCUAUCGGCUGGGAGAAUUAUCCGAAAUGGAUGACCCUAGCAAAGGCGAUAAUCUACUACGGCCUGCCUCUACUGGUCAUCGCAUUCUUUUACUCACUGAUGGCCCAGAGGCUGCUGGCUAGCACCAAGGAAAUGCCAGGGGCAUUACACGGGGGCCAGGGAGAGGCCCAGGCUAAGGCCAGGAAGUCUGUUGCUUGUAUGGUGCUUAUUUUCGUCAUAGUGUUCUUCAUUUGUUUCCUGCCGUACCACGCGUUCGAAUUGUGGUACCAUCUCGACCCAACCGCUCAAGACGAGUACAACGAUUGGACCCACGCUCUGAGGAUCAUGGGAUUUUGCUUGAGUUUCCUGAACUCCUGCGUCAACCCAGUCGCCUUGUAUUGCGUCAGUGGAGUCUUCAGGCAGCACUUCAACCGGUACCUCUGCUGCCGCCGAGGGUCCCUCCAUCCCACCUGCAGCUCCAGGCUCUCCAGGACGGCUGUGUGCGAGACCUCCUUCAGGAGCACCCAUCGGCACCGGUGUAAUAGGAACCCCACAGAAAGUGUAGUGAUCUCAAACUACGACUACGGAAGCACUAAAAAAAAAAGCAACAUCAUAUCCAGGAACAGUGGGGAUGGAGUCACCAUCAUGAGCAUCAGGGAUACCAACGACUUCCUCACUGGAGACUCCGAUGACAAGUGUAUAAACAGAUAGAGUGGAAACACACACUAUUUUUAUACAAAAACUCGAUAUUUAUAAAAGACAUA